GUAGUCCCGCCCCUUCCUGCAGCAGCAGCAGCAGCGGUGUCUCAGUGCUUUUCACACAGAGGCAUUACGUACAGCAGACUCACUUAAUCUGCACAGUCUAAUUAUCAGCGACAAAAUGGGAUAAUCGUGAGCUUCUUCAGAGAAUUUCGUCAACUGGACCUAAACGACCAAUCGAGGAGAGUGAUUUUUUUUUAUUUAUUUCCAAUCUACACAGACGUAAGCACAAAGGGCUUUGGGGAUAAUGGUGAAAAAAAAGAUAUCACAUUAUGAACGCAGGACAACAGGAGUACAUCGCCACAUACACGACCGGACCGUAUAAUUUGUUUAUGGCGACCAGCUUAAUUUUAAAAGCUUUCUAAGGAGUAUUUUGUCUAUCCCGCGCGCUCUGGAGAACAGAUGCUGUCAUUGUGCUGGGGACCGAGAUUUGUGCGCGUGAUAUUCUGCAAGUGGUCUCGUCGGAAUGGUGAGCGAGAUGAGAAUGCGCGUGCCUUUAUUGUUUCCGCGCGACAUGCUCAAUAACGGUCGUUCUUCUGUCGUUGAACAACUCGACAACGACGACAAUUUUGGUACAGAAAGAUUGAGACUUCAAGUGGCAAUUCCAGGGAAAUCAUGAACGAUGUGUUUUGUAAACAUUUGUAUUAAGUGUUGUUAAAGAAAUAUCCUUUAUUAUGAACGGGCACUGCCGACUUUUCAUACUUUCAUCAGAUUUGCUUUUCUUCGGCUAAAUUCCACUUAGUUGGAGCUACUUAACCGUGUGUUUUUGACCAAUUAGAUUUUUUCAACCUGAGCAAACACAAUGGUGGAGCCUGUGGGUUUCAUUGAAGCCUGGAAAGCACAGUUUCCAGAGUCUGAGCCUCCGAAGAUGGAGCUAAGAUCUGUUGGGGGAAUCGAACAAGAACUAGAGAAGUGCAAAGCCUCCAUAAGACGUUUGGAAAUGGAGGUGAACAAAGAGCGGUUUCGGAUGAUCUACCUUCAGACGCUGCUUGCCAAGGAGAGAAAGAGCUAUGACCGACAGAGAUGGGGUUUCAGGAAGCCACCUCACAUGACAGAAGGGGACCCACAAGCUGUUGGGGCAGAUUCCCAGCAUCUCCAUGCACAGGAGCAUGGACAGCCAGAGCGCAGCAGGUUUCAGCCUGUGGGGGAGACCAGAGCGAAACCACGACCACCCCCUGCCAGAAAGUCAGCCUCCCAUGGCGAUGGAUUGGAGCUUCAAUCAUCAUUUGAGGCACACCAGGCAGGGCCGGUCAGUGAGACCGAUGGGCUCUCGCCGUCCACACAGAGGGGCGGAGUCUCCCCUCGUAGGCCCCAUCCACCCCCUGACAAGGAUCUACCCUCGGAUCCAUCCCUGAAAGACAAGCCGGGCAUGGGGCUUGGGGUGGCUGCAUUACGUUCGAACUUUGAGAGGAUCAAACGGGCCAACUCGCACUCAGCCAGCGAUGGAAAAUCAGGCCAGGAGAAACCGUUUUACACCAACGUUGAGUUUCAUCACGACAGGGGCCUAGUAAAAGUCAACGACCGCGAGGUCUCGGACAAAAUCAGCUCUCUUGGGAACCAAGCCAUGCAGAUGGAGCGCAAAAGGUCUCUUCAUUCACUUCCGGGCAACCUUGCUACAGUCGCAGGUGAUCUACGCACCAGGCCUGUCUAUAGGGGGCGCUCUACCGAAAGCACCUGUGGAUACGACGCCGAGUAUGAAGACGGCGAGCCCAGUCCUCGGUACAGCACUGCGAGACCAAAUGGGGCCAAACCACCACCGCCGCCAUGGCAGCCAUCAGAUUUCCAGCCAUAUACUAGUGUUUACGUCGGAGGGAUGAUGUCAGGAGAAGGUGGUGACGGUAGGGUCACUAUGAGAGACCAUGGAGGAAGCGACGACCAUCUUCUCACCUGGCCCAGGAGGUCGUACUCACCCGGAAGUUUCGAGGAUGUGGGAGGCGGAGGAGGCGGCUACACGCCAGACUGCAGCUCCAACGAGAACCUGACGUCUAGUGAGGAAGACUUCUCCUCGGGACAGUCCAGUCAUGUGUCGCCCAGCCCUACGACAGCCUACCGCCGCCCACUCCGAGAGAAGAGUCGCUCGCCUUCUCAGAACUCCCAGAAUUCUCAGCACUCGUUUGACAGCAGCAGCCCCCCUACACCGCAGACACAGAAACGGCACCGGCAGCAACAUGUCGUGGUGUCCGAGGCCACCAUUGUAGGCGUAAGGAAAACAGGACAAAUCUGGCCCCACGAUGGAGACUCUAUUGCCUCCAGUCGGGCUUCCCAUGACAACAGUUACCAUGGAGAUCUAGAUGGUCCGUUUACAGGCACUCCACCCACCUACGGUUACGACGCAGACCGAGCGGAGGAGCAGCGCAGACACCAUGACAUCCUGCCCUACAUUGAUGACUCCCCCUCUUCCUCCCCUCACCUCAGCUCCAAGAGCCGCAGCAGUCGGGACACCCUCUCCUCCGGCUCGAUCGAGUCCUCCAAGUCUGCGGAGUUGGACCUAGAGAAGGGAUUGGAGAUGAGGAAAAGGGUGUUGUCUGGAAUCUUGGCCAGUGAAGAGACCUACCUCAGCCAUCUGGAGGCGCUGUUACUGCCCAUGAAGCCCCUGAAAGCAGCAGCCACCACCUCUCAGCCUGUCUUGACUGUUCAACAGAUCGAAACCAUCUUCUUUAAAGUGCCUGAGCUUUACGAGAUCCACAAAGAAUUCUAUGAUAGCCUUUUACCCAGAGUGCAGCAGUGGAGUCACCACCAACGCGUGGGAGACCUUUUCCAAAAACAAGCUAGCCAGCUUGGAGUGUACAGGGCCUUUGUGGAUAAUUAUGAACUCGCCGUGGAGACCGCGGAGAAGUGCUGUCAAGCGAACACACAGUUCGCAGAGAUCUCUGAGAGUCUCAAGGUCAGAACUACCAAGGAGUGCAAAGACCUUACAGCCAAAUACUCACUGGAAACUCUGCUCUAUAAACCAGUGGACAGAGUGACACGGAGCACGCUUGUUUUACAUGAUCUUCUGAAACACACACCCUCCAGUCACCCAGAUUACCCCCUCCUGCAGGACGCCCUCCGCAUCUCCCAGAACUUCCUGUCCAGCAUUAAUGAAGAGAGUACACCUCGCCGCCAGUCCAUGACAGUGAAGAAGGGAGAGAACCGGCAGCUGUUGAAGGACAGCUUCAUGGUGGAGCUUGUAGAAGGGGCCCGGAAACUACGCCAUGUUUUUCUCUUCACUGACCUCCUGCUCUGUGCCAAAUUGAAGAAACAGAUUGGAGGGAAGAGCCAGCAGUAUGACUCUAAGUGGUACAUUCCUCUCUCGGACCUCACCUUCCACACGGCGGAAGAGUCAGAGCCCCUGCCUAUCCCACAGGCCCCUGAUGAGGAGCUGGAUGCCAUUAAGAUCAAGAUCUCAUCCUUGAGGAGUGAGAUUCAGAGAGAGAGGAGAGCCAACAAAGGGUCAAAGGUUAUGGAGAGGCUGAAAAAGAAGCUGUCAGAACAGGAAUCGCUACUGCUGCUGAACUCUCCUAACAUGCCCCUCAGAGUGCACAACCGCAAUGGAAAGAGCUACAUAUUUCUGAUCUCAUCGGACUAUGAGCGUGCAGAGUGGAAGGAAGUGAUUCGAGAACAGCAGAAGAAAUGCUUUAAGAGCUUCAGUCUGACAUCCAUGGAGCUUCAGAUGCUCACCAACUCUUGUGUCAAACUCCAGACGGUCCAUCAACUACCCCUCACUGUCAAUAAAGAGGAGGAUGAAUCUACUGGACUGUACGGAUUCUUGAAUGUAAUUGUCCAUUCUGCCUCUGGACUUAAACAGAGCUUAAAUCUGUAUUGCACAUUAGAGGUGGACUCCUUUGGUAUCUUUGUGAAUAAAGCCAAAACAAGAGUGUACAGAUACACCACAGAGCCCAAGUGGAAUGAGGAGUUUGAGAUUGAGUUGGAGGGCUCCCAGACUUUACGUCUACUGUGUUACGAAAAGAGCUACAACAAAGCCAAGAUGAACAAGGAGGAUGGAGAGAGCACAGAUAGAAUUAUGGGCAAAGGACAAAUCGCGUUGGAUCCUCAGAUGCUCCAGGGUAAAGACUGGCAGAGAACAGUUAUCCCUAUGAAUGGGAUUGAGGUGAAAAUAUCCAUAAAGUUCACCAGCCGGGAGUUCAGCCUGAAGAGAAUGCCCUCACGGAAGCCCAUGGGUGUGUUUGGAGUAAACAUCUCCACAGUGACAAAACGGGAGCGCUCUAAAGUGCCCUACAUAGUUAGACAGUGUCUAGAGGAGAUCGAAAGAAGAGGAAUGGAGGAAGUGGGCAUCUACCGUGUCUCAGGAGUGGCCACUGACAUCCAAGCGCUCAAGACUGCAUUUGACACCAAUAAUAAAGAUGUGUCAGUAAUGAUGAGCGAGAUGGAUGUGAAUGCCAUUGCCGGAACACUGAAGCUGUACUUCAGGGAGCUUCCUGAGCCCCUGUUCACCGACGAGCUCUACCCUAACUUUGCAGGAGGCAUUGCUCUCUCAGACAGCGUAGCUAAGGAGAGCUGUAUGCUGAACCUCCUGCUGUCUCUACCAGAGCCCAACCUGGUCACCUUCCUCUUCCUGCUGGAUCAUCUCAAGAGGGUUGCAGAAAAGGAGAGUGUAAACAAGAUGUCUCUUCACAAUCUGGCCACCGUGUUUGGCCCAACCCUGCUGCGACCUGCUGAGAAGGACAGCAAGAUCCCCACUAACCCCACACAGCCUAUCACGAUGGGGGACAGCUGGUCGCUGGAAGUCAUGUCACAGGUGCAAGUUCUGCUGUAUUUCCUUCAGCUCGAGACCAUCCCGACGCCAGACAGUAAGAGACAGAGUAUCCUGUUUUCCACGGAGGUCUAAAGGAGUGCUUAUUCCUAUUGUAAGUGUCAAACAAGUGGGAAAGAGAGCAAGCGAGUAUGUCCACCCACUAGGUAAUACGGACACUGGAAUGCACAAGAGCUACUCCUUCUGGGCAAAAGCAGGAGUGCUUCGCCUUUCGCGCAUUUUCUCGCUGCCGCCACUAGGGGGCACAGCAGCCCUGUUAAACAUUGAAGAACUCUACUUACUUGGAGCACAUCUUGAAUAUUACUGAACACUCCAUAUAAACCGCCUAUUUUUCUCUGAACAUCAGUGUCCGUUCAGCACCUUCGCUCCGCUGAGCAUGCUCUUGUGUCCUGUAUGUGGGCCUGUAACGGUCAUUCAUAUCAGCUGGUGACAGUGAAUUCUGUCUCUUCUGGCUUUAUGUUUGUCCUCAUUUUGUCUGUCCCCACUGGUCACUGAUGCUCUUUCUGUGCUGCUACAAUUCAGUAUCCAGCUCCAAAUCCUUUUAUGUGAUAGAUAAUUACAUGGCAGUUCAAUGUAGUUCUUAUUGCAGACUCUUUAAAAGUCAAAUGACUAGCUUCUCUUAGUGUUUGUCAAUCAUUUAAAGGACUUAAUUUAAUAGGAUUUCUGUGUAGAAGAUGGUGUUUGGUUCUGUUAUUGUCAGUGUUGUUGUGAUUCUUUUUUUUUUUUUCUUUUUUUUUUUUUUUUUUGGCCCAUACCUCUCUAUCAAGCAAUAUUUAAGGAUUCAUGAGUGUGUUUAAAAACAUAUGAUACGUGGUUCAUUAUGCUUUUGUAGUUUAGAUUUUUCCCUCAUAUUUUGGGAGAGAGAUAAACCUUCAUAAAUUUCUAAGUACAUAACCAAAAGGGUCAACAUAUUUUUUUUUUUAUUCUAAGUUUUUUAUCUAAUACAUAUAGAAUAAUUAUGAUUAUUUAUUUGGGGACAGAUAUCAACAUCACUGUCAUUUCAGAGUAUGUCUACAUUUAUCACUAACUUAUCUAUGUUAUGAAGUACUGUAGAUUCCUUACAUAUCCUCUUAUUUUUCCUUUCUUCCUGAAUCCGUUCAGGAUUUGAAGAUACUCUGAGGAUAGCACACAAUAUUAGCGUUUCCCCUGCCGUAUAUCUAGUGUUGAGAGAUGACCAAACGCAGAGGUUUUUAGCGUGCAUUGGCUUUAAACUCUCCUGUUGUUCCCAUCAGCUCUCUCUCUCUAGCUUCACAGCACACUGUGGUUUAUGUCUCGCUGAGAACCAUACAGCAGUGCCUCUGUCUCAUCUUAAGACAUUAAAGGGAUAGUUCACCCAAAAAUGAACAUUCUGUCAUCAUUUAAGUUGUUCCAAACCUGUAUGAAUUUCUUUCUUCUGAAGAAGAUAUUUUUAAGAAUGUGUGCAACAAAACAGUUGAUGAAGCCCAUUGACUUCCAUAGUAUGAAAAAAAAAAAAAAAAAAUACUAUGGAAGUAUAUGGGGACCAUCAGCUGUUUGGUUUCUGACAUUCUUCAAAAUAUCUUCUUCUGUGUUCAGCAGAAGAAAGAAACUCAAACAGGUUUGGAACAACUUAAAUGAUGACAGAAAGUUCAUUUUUGGGUGAGCUAUCCCUUUAAGGUAAGAACACAACGCUGUAUAUAGCACAAACUGUUACCCUUUAGUCCUGUCAGAUGGUUUAAUGAAGGAAGUUAAUAAUGGACGCCAAGAACGAUGCAGUACAGGAACAGUACAGGUAUUCUGUCUUUAUAGCAUUUCUUUUAUAUCAGUAAAAAUUAGUGCUCUUAAUUUUAUUAUUUCAGUUAAAGGUGCUUUAGAUUAUUUAACAUGCAGGCAUGUUUUUUGAUUUAAAAAUGUUUUUUUAUGUUUGAUAAGUGUUGUUUGUGUGUUUGAGUUGUAAUGUUAUACCAAAUUCUGGCUACUGUAGAAGGAUUUUUGAACUCUGUGUCAUAUAUAUAUACAAAAAGGGGUGCAGUGACUGAAAAGGAAUUUCUGUUAAUCCACCGUCUUUUUUGCAUUAAAGUGUGCAGUAAAGGUGCAUUCCCAUUGUCGGAAACUCUUCGUCUCGUCUGUCCUCUUCUCCGAUUUUCGGCACUAAAUGUACAUUUCCUGUAUCUUGCACCUGUCCGAACUGAAUUCAACAUACAAGAUAUGAAUCUUCAUUUUACAGCAUCACAUGUCAGUUUCUUCUAGAGAUGUCCCCAGUUGUCUUUUUGUAAUAUGAAACUCUUAACAUAAACUGUGAUCUGUUGCUAUCAGAAGGCAUUAGGUGAUUCAAAGCAUUCCCAUUGUGUUAAUUGCUUAUUUAAUGUGCUUAUUUAGAUUGUUGAAUGUUACUGGGUUAGAAAUAUUGGACGUAUGCUCCGGUUCAAUGGGAGUGAUACAGCGCAUGAUAUUUUGGAAGCAAUUUCUUUGCACUGCACAUCGUUUAAAGACUAAUGUGAUCGUAAUGAGAUUCUAUCACACACAGUGAGAAGCGUCUAUGAACGUCACAUUUUCUGCAGUCUGAUAUUGCAUUAUGCAAGAAACAGAUUUAUUUGUAUCCAUGAAGUAUAACAGUUUUGAAAUGAUUGGUCAUGAAAGCACUGCAAGGGAUCCAUCUGUUUCAUCCAUUGUAAUGUUAUGAUGAUUUAUGUUGAAAUCUUGCCUUUAAACACAUGAAGACAUGCUGGACAGCCACUGGGACAGGCCAUGGAUGCUCUCCCCUUUUCCUCUUAAGGUUUUUGUCACUAUUUAUUAUUGCUAAUAUCUUAAUGUUCUGGUUAUAGGACUGUACAAAUAGAUAAUGAAUUCUGCAGACUGAAAUGUUUGGAAGGCGUUUGCGGCCUAUGUUUAUACACAAAAUGUUGAAUAAAACCUCCUGUAUAUGAAUA